CCUGGAAAAAAACAGAAAACCCUAUUUUCUGGUGUAAACCCUUUAGUCUCUCAUCGUCUCUAGUAGUGCAUCAAUGGCAGAUUCUGUGGUUUCUCUUGAGAAGCUGAAAGCUUUUUGGAACUCUCAAAUUUACGAUGAAGAGAAGUGGGCCCUCAAUAUGAAAUUGCUUCGUGCCGGUGGACUGUUUGCUGGAUCCAUUUUUCUAAUGCGGAAUUAUGGUGAUCUCAUGGCAAUAUAGGGCUGGAUGACCAGUUUCAGCAUUUCUGAGCUCAUGAUUCCUGAUGUAUUAGUAUUCUUUAGGAUUUUUAGCUAUUGUUUUAAAAGAAUAUAUGUUAAUGUCGGUGUCUUGGGAUUCCAUUAAAAUUUGAGUCUGCUUGCUGUACUUUCAGUUGUGAUCAGUUUAAGUCAUCUCUCCUUAGUUUUCAAACCCUGGUAUUGAAUAAGAAUCAUAUGAAUUGAAUGAUUGAUUA